AAUCUGGCCUUCAUUCCUCUUGACCGUUCUGUUUGUUUUCCUGUUGGCUCCUUUCCUUUUUUGUGGCUCUUCCCCAGCUGAAUCAGACCGUUCUGUCCGAAAUACAUCGCUACUCCGAAAACCAAACGGAUUUAUCUGAAGAAGUUCGACAACAUAAGUACUCGACAUGCUCAGAAAUACAAUCAGAGUAUCGCGUUUGGCGUUAAGAGCCCCUCGGGUUUCUGUGCAAAGAUUCCAAUCGACCAAGGUCGAUGUGUCGACCGAAAAGUACGCUAGCUUGUACAGCGUCACCGACAAGUACGCGGACUUGGAUACUUUUGCCAGAAGACAUUUAGGCCCACAGCCGGAAGACGUCGAGAGUAUGUUGAAUGAGGUAAAUUCUGGCAAUUUACAGGAAUUCAUCAACUCAGUCAUUCCAGAAAGCGUCUUUGUCGGAAGACGCUUGAAGGUGCAGCCUGCAAAGGGCUACUCCGAAACAGAAAUGUUGAACAGACUGAAGGAGUUAGCACAAAAAAACCAGGUUCUGCGUUCCUACAUCGGUAAGGGUUACUAUGGUACCAAGUUACCUCUCGUCAUUCAAAGAAAUUUGAUGGAAAACCCUGCGUGGUACACUUCAUACACCCCUUACCAAGCAGAAGUCUCUCAAGGCAGAUUGGAGAGCUUGCUCAACUACCAAACCGUGGUGUCCGACUUAACCGGUAUGCCGGUCGCUAAUGCGUCCUUGUUAGACGAAGGUACCGCAGCAGCAGAGGCAAUGAUCCUUUCAUACAACUUGUCAAGAGGUAAGAAGAACAUCUACUAUAUUGACUCUAACAUACACGAACAGACCUACAGUGUCAUUGCCAGUAGAGCUAAUACUCUUAACCUCGACAUUAGAGUCGCUGACUUGUUUUCUAAGGAAGGUUUAGACGAAUUGAAGGAGAAUAUCGGACAGACUUGCGGUGCAUUAGUCUCAUACCCUCAAAGCAAUGGUUCUAUACCAUCGAUUAAAAUUCUACAAGAAAUAUCCGGCUUGGUCCACUCCAACAGAGGUUUACUCUCUGUCGCCUCAGAUUUACUUGCUUUGACUCUGCUCCAUCCACCUUCCACCUUCGGUGCUGAUAUCGUUUUUGGUUCCUCCCAAAGAUUCGGUGUUCCAAUGGGCUUUGGUGGUCCUCAUGCUGCCUUCUUCGCAGUCACAAAAGCCUUACAAAGAAAAAUGCCAGGUAGAUUGAUUGGUAUUACCAAGGAUAGAAUGGAUAAGCCAGCUUUGAGAUUGGCCUUGCAAACUAGAGAACAACAUAUUAAAAGAGAGAAGGCAACUUCCAAUAUCUGCACUGCCCAAGCCCUAUUGGCUAACAUUGCCGCCAAUUACGCUGUGUACCAUGGUCUAGAUGGCUUGAGAAACAUUUCUUCUAAGAUAUAUGGUUUCACCACCCUCUUGGCUAACCAAAUCAAAGAUAACUCUCCACACGACAUUGUCAAUGACUCUUGGUUUGAUACUUUGAGUAUCAAAUUGAAUGGCACUACCUCUGCUGAAUUCAUGGAGAAAGCAGUCAAUGAUUAUGGAAUCAACGUUUUCAAAGUCGGCGAAUCAAAUAUUCAGCUGUCGCUUGAUGAAACUGUUUCAGAAAAAGACUUGAUUGAUUUGAUUUCUCUUUUUACUGGUAAGGCUAUCACCGUCGACAGUCUAGAGUUGCCUAUUUUCCCCGAAGAAUGGACAAGAAAAGACGUCAUUUUCACCAAUCCUGUUUUCAAAAAGUACCACUCUGAAACCGCAAUGCUCAGAUACUUGUAUUCUUUGCAACAGAAAGAUAUAUCUUUAGCUUCAUCGAUGAUUUCUCUUGGUUCAUGUACCAUGAAAUUGAAUGCAACAGUUGAAAUGGCACCAAUAACAUGGCCUGAGUUUGCAUCCUUACAUCCCUUCAUUCCAAGAGACCAAGCUAAGGGUUACAUGGAACUCAUUACUGAAUUGGAAGCUGACUUAGCAGAUAUCACAGGGUUUGCCAAGACCACUUUAAUGCCAAAUUCAGGUGCACAGGGUGAGUACACGGGUUUAUCUGUCAUUAAGCAAUACUUGCACGUUAUCAAAGGUGAGACUAACAGAAACAUCGUCUUGAUUCCUGUCUCGGCUCACGGUACCAAUCCUGCAUCUGCAACUAUGGCCGGCUUAAAGGUUAUUCCAAUUAAGUGUUUGAGCAACGGAAACUUGGACCUUGUAGAUCUGAGAAAACAAGCUGAAAAAUACUCAGACAAUUUGGCCGCUAUCAUGGUCACAUAUCCAUCCACAUAUGGUUUAUUUGAACCAACGAUUAGGGAUGCAUGUAAAAUUAUUCACCAGCAUGGUGGCCAAGUCUACCUUGAUGGUGCAAACAUGAACGCCCAAGUCGGUUUAACCUCUCCUGGUGAUUUGGGUGCAGACGUUUGUCACUUGAACUUGCACAAGACAUUUGCAAUUCCUCACGGUGGUGGUGGUCCAGGUGUUGGUCCAAUUUGUGUUGCCGAGCAUCUAGCAGAUUUGUUACCAAAGCAUCCACUUGGGGCCACUACGAAUGCAAACAUAGAAAAUGCAAUCCUACCAGUUUCUUCUGCUCCAUUCGGUUCUGCAUCUGUGUUACCAAUUCCAUAUGCUUACAUUAAGGCCAUGGGUGGUGACAACAUUCCAUUCUCUUCUGCUACUGCCAUCUUGAACGCAAACUACAUGAUGUACAAGUUGAAGGAUGCUUAUAAAAUUUUGUUUUUGGGUGAAAAAUCUCAGUCCGGUAGCGAUGAGAUCAAAUAUUGUGCUCAUGAAUUUAUCAUUGAUUUGAGACCAUUCAAGACCGUUCAUAUUGAAGCCAUCGAUAUUGCCAAGAGAUUGCAAGAUUAUGGCUUUCAUGCCCCAACAAUGUCUUUCCCAAUCCCAGGUACUUUGAUGGUUGAACCAACUGAAUCUGAAGACAAAGCUGAAUUAGACAGAUUUGUUGACUCGAUGUUGGCAAUUAGAGAGGAAAUCCGUGCAGUUGAAGAAGGUAGAAGCGAUGGUGCAAUUUUGAAAAAUUCUCCACAUCCAUUAACCGAUUUAUUGGAAACCAGCGAAGAGGAAUGGUCUAAGAGAGGAUACAGUAGAGAACAAGCCGCUUAUCCUUUACCUCACUUGAAGAACUUCAAGACUUGGCCAACAGUUGCCAGAGUCGAUGAUACAUAUGGUGAUAUGAACUUGAUGUGCACCUGUCCAACAGUGGAGGAAGUUGCAAACAUGGAUAUCGAAUAGAUUUUAUCAAGAAUUCUAUUUUGAUCUUCCAAAUUUGUUUCGUGCUUUUACUUGCUGUACUAGAUAUUUUUCUUUCCUUCUCUUUUUGUACUUUAAUCUAUCCCAAAAUUUUAUAGAAAAACUCGAUUUUUGUCAAUCAAUGCCAACUAAACUAUUUUAGCUACCAGCUUCUACAUUUUAUUUUUUUGAAUAAAUAGGAUUUAAAGUGUUAUAAAUAAACAAAACAGAAAAUAAAUAA